AUGAAGGUCACCACCCCCGGCCUUGUGCCGGUGUACACGGUGUCCGGUGCGUCCACCGCCAGACCUCUACCUGACUGGCUCGCCAGGCGAAGAAAGAGGAGUUUGAAGAACGAUCCCGAGUAUUCGAACCGAGUCGAGCUCUUGCAGGAUUUCGAAUUCGAAGAAGCGAGCGCCUGUGUCAGAGUCUCUGGGGAUGGCCAAUGGAUCAUGAGCACAGGGACAUACAAACCGCAGAUACACGUCCACGAUCUCAACCAGCUCUCGCUCAGCUGGGCGCGACACACCACGAGCCUCAAUCAGUCUUUCGUCAUCCUGAGCCCGGAUGCCUCCAAGUCCCUCCACCUCCAGACCGACCGAAAACUCGAGUUCCAUACCCUUGGAGGAUGUCAUCACGAGAUCCGCUUACCACGCUAUGGUCGAGACCUGAUAUACGAUCGCAACUCGACUGAGGCUCUUGUUGCAGCGGCCGGGGUGGGGCCAAAUCGCACGGGAGAGGUCUUCCGCCUCAACCUCGAACACGGCAGAUUCAUGAAAUCUUACGAGGUGGAUGUUGGAGGUGACGAUGGUCUAGAGACGGGGUUGCAGGGCAGCAUCGAGGCGGGUUGUGUCAACGCGGCCGCUAUUGCCGAGAACACACACAAUCUCCUCGCAUUCGGUACAAGCAAAGGCUCUGUCGAACUCAUCGACCCGCGCGUCAGGUCACGAGUCGCCGUUUUGGAGGGUCUGGAAGGAGAAGUGACGUCGCUCGACUUCAACCCCUACACUGGCCUAUCUCUAGUUACAGGCACGAGCCAGGGUGUAUGCUCAGUGUUUGAUCUGCGACGACCAGUGCCGCUGCUGAGAAAGGAACAAGGAUUUGGCUUUGGCAUCAAAAAUAUCAUUCACCUCAAGACGGCAUCACAGGAGAGGAAAAUUCUGUCGGCAGACAAGAAAAUCAUCAAAAUUUGGGAUGAUACAACCGGCGAGGCUUGGACGUCGAUUGAACCCAUCACGGAUCUCAACUUUGUUCAGUGGGUGAAAGACACCGGUACUUUGGUGACGGCAAACGAGGGCAAGCAGCAGCAUGUGUUUCACAUACCAGCGCUGGGCUCAGCCCCGAAAUGGUGCGGCUUCCUCGACAACAUGGUCGAAGAAAUGACCGAGGAGGUCCGCACCGAUACGUACGACAACUACAAGUUUUUGACGAAACCAGAGCUCAAAUCGCUCAGUCUGGACCACCUUGUUGGGACCGCUAUGCUUCGCCCUUACAUGCAUGGCUACUUUGUCGACACCAAGCUGUACGAGCAGGCUCGGUUGGUUGCCAAUCCUUACGUCUACGAAGAUGAGCGCCAGAAGAGAGUCCAAGAGAAGGUCGAGAAAGAGCGCGCAAGCAGGAUACGUGGCAUGAAGAAGGUCAAGGUCAAUCAAAGACUGGCAGACAAGAUCCUGGCACGACAAGAGAGGAGGGACAAGGUCGAUGUCAACGCCGGCGUGCUCGGCGACAACCGUUUUGCCAAACUCUUCGAAGAUGAGGAGUUUGUUGUGGAUGAGACGAGCAGAGAGUUCAAGAUUAUCAACCCCAGCACAAAUGUUGAGGCUCCUACGGAGGCUGCUGAGAUCACUCCCAACCAGAAGCCUUUCGAAGACGAUUCAGAAUUGGAACAGGACGAUGCGAGCGACGGGGACGAGCCGAUCCGAAAAUCUUCGACAGGGGUUUCCAUGAGGGUCUCGACAUCCGGACAAGGUGGGACUGCCAGAGACACAGUACUCGGCUCGCGAGUGCAGAAGUCUGGCCGUACCGGCAAGGCACGACAAGGCGAUGUGGUUGGUGAGCGAUCAGUUUCAUUUAUGCCUGAGAAGAAGAAGAAGAACAGGCCGGAACAGCCUGCUGUGGACAACAAACGCUCGGCAGCAAGACGUAGCGCCAGCACGAACACCUUCAGAAAGCUAUAG